UUCCAAUCUUUCUGGCUUCCCUCCACUCUCUCUCUCUCUCUCUCUCUCUCUCUCUCUCAUCUUAAACGGAGCCCUGAUUCGGCCGGGAAACGGAGGCAAUGGCGAUGGUGCUGAGCAAUCUAAGCGCUCACCACAAGGUGCGACAACCCGCAAUUCAUGGAGUCGCAGGGGCUCCAAGUUAUGUGCAGGAAGAAAGAGAAGGAAAGAGAUAGCCACAAUCACUACCCCUAUAAAGUCGUCGAGAUUACGCCUCCGCCUAAGAGCCUCGGCGUUCGCUGCUUUCCUUCCAAUUUGCAGUGCGGGGAGAGCGUGACGAUCGAAGGACAGACAUACACGAUCUCAGCAGUAACCCAUCGAUAUCAGCUCCGGAAGGGGAAGUACGAGCCCAGUGAGAAGAGGCUCGAUGUGUUGUCGAGUGGGAGAUACAUCUUAAAUCUCUAUCUAGAUAAUUUAUUCGAGCAAUCUUGACGUCGAGGCUCCUUUUGAUCUCGAGCUUUUAAACCUCGGGGCAUCAGUCUCUAUGUUCCCAGUUUUCCAGCGUAAUUAUGAUCUUCUUGUGUACAAUGUACUGAGGAAUAGAUCAAAUAACCAAAACAGUGGUACAUUAUUUUGUAGAUGUUACUCAGAUUCACCACAUCGA